AUGCACACGCCUACGCACGUGCGGUUCAAGGUCUCUUCCGAGGCUGGGAGGUGCAUCUGGUGUGGUGACAUCGAGCUGGCUCUGCCGCUGCCGGGCGUGCUUCAGUUCAACUAUGUGGUGGUCGGCGAGAACGGAGAGGCCAAGCGAUGGGACGUGGCAGGCGUGAGGACCAUUCCGCUGGCGCUCGUCGAGCACGCCCUCAUCGUUGACGAGGUGUGCCUGAAGGCUGGUGCUGGCGAUGCUGCGGCUGAGGACGGAGAAGGUGCCAACAAUGUCGAUGAUGUAGAAGAUGCAGGGGUGGAGGCCGAGGCCAGGCCAGCUUUCCGGCUCAUCUCGUUCUCGGUUGUCCUCCCGUCGCCUCUGGCCGAGUCGCACACGGCGCUGCUGCAUACCAACGCGGGGCUUGCGGGCGCGAUGUGGAGCUCGGUGGCGAUGGGCCGGCUGCCGCGGCGGGUCGGCGGGCGAGUUGCAGACACGUUCCGGGUGGACAUGUGGCUGGCGCCGCAGAUGGCGACGGCAGAGCGGCUGGCUGCGCUGCGGUUCAAGUUUGCGGCGUCGGCGCAUCCGCCGGUGCCGCAGAUGUGGGAGGCUGUGACCGAUCGAACGCUGCCCGAGGCGCUCCCGGGUGCAGGCAGCGUGGUGGUUGCGGCCGAGUGGAAUGUGUCGCUGCCCAACGUGGCUGGCCUUGUGCUCGAGGCCGCGGUGCCGGACGAUUCCUCGUUUGCGGUUCUGGCCGGCGGACAUCCGGUGCUCGGAGCGUGGGACCCGAUGGGCGGGGUGGUGCUGGGCAAGAGUGGGACCGGAACCGGGUGCGCUGUCGUUGCCAUUGCCGCACACGCCGGCUUUGCGCCGCACGGCUUUGAGUACAAGUAUGUCAAGGUUGUCGGCGUGCAGUUUGAGUGGGAGGCGCUCGGCGGCAACCGGUCGUCGGGCGUGCUCCACGGAAGCGAACUUACCGAGCAGUUUGGAGUCAUGCCCGCCGGGCGGGCUCUGGUGCACCUCCGGGUUGACGCGGCGUUUGAGGCCUCGCUUCCUGCGGCAGUCGAUGUGGUUGCCUCGCUCGGCACCGGCGAUGGGGCUGUGGUGGCGCGGCGGCGGAUGUUGCGUCUGGAGCCUGACGAGGCAUUUGUAGCUGUGGUGGUGGUCGAGGCAGCCAGCAAGGAGAACGUUGCUCUACGCUACGUGUUUGUGGCGUGCGAGAGCGGUGAAGAGACGACGAUGCGUGAGAUCCCGCUGCCGGGCGCGGGUGAGUACGUGUAUGUGCAUGACACAUGGCUUGCGCCGCCGCCGCUUGUGGGCGUCGCGCUCCGCGUGAGCGCAACGCCGCACGGAAGCCGGGCGCUGGUGUGCGGGCCGACGCCGCAGCUGGGGCGGUGGGAUCCGGCGCGGGCGCCGGUGCUCUCCGCUGACAACGCUGCUGUGCUGUGGAUGCAUCCAAACGCUGUGGCCAAGCUGGAGUACAAGCUCGCAGCGCUUGACGAGGGGCUGGGCGGGGCGUAUGUGUGGGAGAACUGCUCGACGCGUAAGGUGCCGCCGACGUGGCGGCCGCCGAUAUCGGUUGUCCACGCGGUCUUUGACGACGCGCCGGUGCAGGUCGACGUCUACCUCGAUGUUGUGGCGCCGCUGCAGACCGGCCACUCUGUGGCGCUUGUGGCCGGCGAGGGCGCAACGCCUGUGGCGAUGACACGGUCGGCGCCUGCGGUGUGGAGCACGUCGCUGCGGUUGGACCGCAACUCGAGAGUGAGAUACUCGUACGUGCUGCUAGAUGGACGGCGGCGCGAGGUGGCGGGCAAGGCUGUGCUUGCAUGUGCGGCGGAGCGGCGGACGCUGCAUGUGGGCGAGACGCCGAGCGUGGUCAACGAUGUGUGGGGCGUGGCGAGCGGGCAGUUUGUCCUUGUCAAGUUUGCGGUGCAGUUACCCAGUUGCGGACCGUCUUCGGGCCUGUGCGUGGCGGUAUCUGGCUCGCUUCCGCUGCUGGGCCAGUGGGAUCCUGCAGCGGCGGUGCGGAUGCGGCGGGCGGGCGAGAAUGAGUAUCGUGUGGCGCUCAAUCUGCCGUAUGAGGCGCUGCGGCAGCUCGAGUACAAGUAUGUGAUUGUGGACGAGCACGCGCCCACUGCGUCGCGGUGGGAAGCGCGAGGUAACCGGAGCGUGGUCCCGGGCAUCUACACCUCGCUCUGGCUCCGUGACGCAUGGGUGGGCGAGAUGCCGUCUGCGCCGUCGACGCCGCGGAUCUCGGCGCUGGACAUCGACGUCGACUUUGGCUCACAGUCGGAUGUGCUGGUGGUCCCUGUCCACCUAGCAUGGCGGCACGGCGGGCGGAGCGGCUUUGUCCGCGGCUCGUUCACCUCGCCUCCUUUUGAGCGGCGGCUGCCGCUGGGGCAGGCGAGCGACGGCAGCCUCUCGCUGCGGCUCGGACUUGUGCCUGGGCGGUACCAGGUGGUAUUUGAGGUCGACGGCGUGACGCGCUUUGCAUCGUAUGCGCCGAUGGAGUAUGUGCCUACGCUGCAGGCCGUGGCCAACGUCAUGGUGGUCGCGCCAGACGCUGAGGCGCAGCCGGAGUUUCCGCCGCCCCCGGAGGAUGUGCAGGGUGCGCAGGUGUGGUACACGCAGGAGGAGAUGGCCGAGCCGGACCUCCGCGACGUGCGGCAGUACUCGCGGCUGGCCGCACUGGUGGACCGCAACGGCGGCUUGUUCUCGAUGCAGGACUCGCUUGCGCUUGAGGACGUCAUCACCAAGAUCUCUACGACCGAGUACGUGGCCUCGCUCUCGGCCUCGCAGCGGGCGUUCAACCGCAUCACGCUUGGCGAGCUCCUCUCGGAGAUCGAGCAGCCGUUCAAGACGCCUCAGCUGACGGUCAAGCUCCGCGAGCAGGCUGGGCGCUCGCAGCAGUCGCUUGUCAUCCAGGGCAAGCGCUGGUUCUACUGGACGCCCGAGGAGGAGGCCGCCCGCAAGCGGAGCCUCGUUGCCGCCAAGGUCCUCAUCGCCGACGCGGCCGUGGCCUACGGAUCGGCCGCCGAGGGUGGAAGCGGAGCAAGCGAUGCGCCGCAUGCUGUCCCACCUGCCGAUGGCGGUGAUGGCGUCGGCAGCGAUGAUCCGGUUGCCGCCGCUGUUGCUGCCGCGCGGGCAAGCAUGGCGCGGGUCGACUCGCCGACAGCCGAGCGCAAUGCUGUUCUUGCGCGGGGUGCCAUGCGGGAGUGA